AUGUUAAUGAAGAUUUGGAUUUGUUUCAAGCAUCUGGAGUAUUUCCUCAUCAACAAUUCAACACAAAUUUUGUUUACCUAUACCUACUAUCGAGAAGACAGCGUGUUUGGUCAAUUCCCCUGGCAACAACAAACGGACAGAGGUCUGAACCUCACGAGAAUUGUUAGUGGUAAAGGCGGCAAAGUUAAGGGAAAGGCAAAGUCCCGUUCGUCUCGAGCUGGUCUGCAGUUCCCGGUAGGACGUAUCCACCGUCUGCUGCGGAAAGGAAACUAUGCCGAACGAGUUGGUGCUGGUGCUCCUGUGUACUUGGCAGCAGUGAUGGAAUAUUUGGCUGCUGAAGUUUUGGAAUUGGCAGGAAAUGCAGCUCGUGACAACAAGAAGACCCGUAUCAUCCCGCGUCAUCUUCAGUUGGCCAUCCGUAACGACGAGGAAUUGAACAAGCUUUUGUCUGGUGUUACCAUUGCCCAGGGAGGCGUUUUGCCGAACAUUCAAGCCGUGCUGCUGCCCAAGAAGACAGAAAAGAAGGCUUAA